AUGGAUGGAUCAGCGAAGCCUCCCCAAAUCUCCGAAAUGUUCCAGAAAUUCGCACUGGCUUUCAAGACCAAAACCAUCGAAUUCUUCGCAGAAGAAGAUGAAGACGACGAUGCCGAAACCCUCUCCCUCCUCGACUCCACUGAAGAAAUCAUCACCGGCCAGCGUGUCGUCGUCCUUAAACCCGACUACCUCCCCAAACCAACCCCACCUACCCAACCCCAAACCCAACCUCAAGCUCAAGCACCACCACCGUCCCAAGCACAAGCACAGGCUCAACCACAACAACAACCACAAUCACGAUCAGAACAACAGGAACAGCAACAUUUGGGUCAUCCAAGUUCCAACGGCAAUCACCAAGGCCAGACCCUCCAAGCCCUAAUCCCUUCCCUGUUCGCUACCAUUUCCAACUUUGAGGCUUCCUACUUGCACUUCCAGACAGCUCAUGCCCCCUUCGAUGUCGACAGCAUCAAAGCCGCCGAUAGAGCUGCAGUCUCACACCUUCAGAAGCUAUCCGAACUCAAGCAAUCCUACCGAAGCUUCCGUAAACACCCGACCCUCAACCCACAUGGAUUCCCUAUGGUUUCUCCUCUGGAAGCGCAAGUGGAGGAGAAUCAGAGCCUACUCCGUGGUCUCGAGAUGGUCGUUAAUAGGUUGCAGUCCGACAUCGAUGUCAAAGACACCGAGGUUUUCGCAUUAAAGCAAAAGUUGGAGAGGAUUCAGAAAUCCAAUUUGAGGUUGUCCAAGAGAUUAUCCAAUUCCAAUUCUGAUUCGAAAACGAAUCCCAAUUCUUGGCCGGCGUCGUCUUUCGUUCCUGCUUCCCCCGAGGUCAUGCUGUCCGUUGGAGUCUUCGAUUCGGUGUUGCAGGACGCUUGUAGAUCCUCGCAUAGUUUUACCAAGCUCUUGAUUGAUUUGAUGAACAAAGCUGGGUGGGAUUUGGAUUUGGCUGCGAAUUCUCUUUAUUCGGAAGUCAAGUACGCCAAGAGAGGGCACAACCGGUAUGCUUUCCUCUCCUAUGUCUGUUUAUUGAUGUUCGAAGGUUUCGAUUUGGAGAGUUUUGGUUUGGGAACGGAUGAGGAUCGGUGCAACGGUGUUGAGUCGUCUACCAUUCGGCGGAAAAAGUUUCUGAGGCAAUUCGUCGAGCACGGAACAGGAGAUGCAAUGGAGCUUCUUGGUCGGGACCCUAGCAGCGAUUUUGCAAUAUUUUGUGACAAGAAAUACCAACAACUCGUCCACCCCACGAUGGAAUCCUCCCUCUUCAGAAACAUGGAGGAAAACGAAGUGGUUUUGGAUUCUUGGAGGUCAUCCUCUGUUUUCUACGAGUCGUUUGUAACCAUGGCUAGCUCAAUUUGGAUGCUUCAUAAGCUGGCUUUUGCAUUCGACCCUGUGGUUGAGAUUUUUCAGGUUGAGAGAGGGGUUGAUUUCUCCAUGGUUUAUAUGGAGAAUGUCACAAGGAAAGCUGUGUCGCCUGGUAAAACUCGACCCAAGGUGGAAUUCACAGUGAUUCCAGGUUUUCGAAUUGGAAGAACAGCCAUCCAGUGUCAGGUGUAUCUAAUUGACAUGAGAUGUGCAGAGCAAGUGAUUCCCCAUUCUACGGUGUAA